AAACGUUUGUCAAAAAUUCUCAAUUGUUUUUGUAAACGUUUCACUGGGAAGCGUGAAAAUCCUUCGAAUAUCUGCUUUUCUUGGACAAUUUCUCACAAGAGCCAACCAUGGCAGAUGAUCUCCAGAAUUACAAGCUCCAGUUGCAACAGGUGGAAGUGGCUUUGCUGUCGGAUCCGGAAAAUCAGGAAUUGCUGAAACUCAAGAAGGAUCUGGAGGAGGUGAUAGAAUUAACACGAGAUCUGAUAAAGACACAAUUGGAGGAACAGAAAAAAUCCUACAUAGGACCAGAUACAGAUAAAGCUACUUAUGGUCAGUUUGAGGAUGACAUUGAGCAGGUUCUGCGGGCUGCUGAGCGUGUGCAGGCAGACGAAGAUCAGCAGAAUAAAUGGAAGAUUGGAGAUAAGUGUCAGGCCAAGUGGACAGAAGAUGGCCAGUACUACGAUGCGACAAUUGAGGGAAUAACUGUGGGCGGGGAAGUCAGUGUUAUUUUCGAUGCAUAUCAGAAUCGGAGCACAACGACUCUCAAGGAGCUCAAGGAGCGCACCACACGCAAUGAAGUAUUCCCGUCGAGCAGUAGCAACAAGAGGCGUCAUCCAAAUCAGAAGGAGUACUUGAAGAAGAAGAAACUGAAAAAGCAGCAGAGAUUUAAGGAAUUGGAAGCUGAGCGUGAGACCGAGAAGAACAAAUGGCUGGCUUUCACGACAAAAAGCGCUAAGAAAUCUGGAUCAGCUGGCAUUCCAAAGAGCAUCUUUGCGUCUCCGGACAAUGUCAAUGGGAGGGUAGGAAUUGGAACCUGUGGGGUAGCCGGCAAGCCCAUGACCGAGACCAAGACCUGCGAAAAGUGGCGCAAAGGUAUCUAAAAGAAAAAACCCACCUCUAUAGAUAAGCAUCCGGAUGUUUUCUUUAUUCAAACAGAAAAUAAAGUUGGAAUUUACAGAUAAAA